CAAUAAUUGGAUUCCUGCACGUAUAAAGAGGUAGAGAAGUUGCGAUUUUGCGCUACCGAACAAAUUCCCCCCACUACGUCUUUCGAUCGCCUCACAGAAUAUACGUCGCUUCCGAAUCCUGUUUCUUUCUAUUCAAGUUCGAGCUGCUCUUUCAGUCCUGGUUGACUCUUCUCGCUGAUUAGAACCACGAAGGUACGUGUGCACUUCGCGCCGCUCUCAUAUCACUAAUCCCCGCAUUUACUAGCACCGAAAUGGCUCAAGUCACUGCAUCCUACCCGUUCAACGACCCGGAUCAUACCUCUGACCUCACUCUACUGUCGUCAGACAAUGUCCUUUUCCACAUCCACAUAUCUCUCCUUGCAUUUGCUUCUGAACCCUUCUUUCGUACUGCGUUGACGAUUUCGCAACCGCAAGGACAGCCUGUCCCAAUGGUCGAAGACAGCGAGACCCUUGAUACGAUGCUCCGCUUCUGCUAUCCCGGUGCAGACCCGUCUUUCAAGAGUCUUGCAGAGCUCCAUCGCAUCGCUGACCUCAUGGUGGGAAAAUUUGCCAUGGAGGAGGUAUCAAUGAGGGCCCGGGCCCAAAUUCGUAAAUUCGUAAAUGCAGAGCCUUUGCUUGUGUUCGUCGUUGCAUAUACCCUCAAUUGGAUUGAUGAGGCUAUGGAGGCUGCAGACAUCGUGCUCAACGGUCCUCUGUUUAAGUAUGCCAGUCCCGAGGAUAUUCCGGAGCUAGAUAUCCUUCCUUCUCCACGAAUUCUGUAUCGUCUCUUCAGAUACUAUGCCACUCGUCGCGAUGCGGUAUACAAUUCUAAUGGUUACCAUUUUGACAUAUUUGACUACAUCGAAAAAGCGCCAUGUAAAACCCAUGACAUCUUACCUUCUCACCCGGAAGAUACCUCGAUGCUGACGAAAAGCUGGUUCAUAGAUUACUGUACCAAGCUCAGGGAGGAGCUGUACUAUCGCCAUCCCUCGUUGGAAACUCUUUGUACGUGCGACAGUUAUGCUCAUGCAAGUGCUCUACAAACCGCAAAGACCUGCCCUGAUUGCGCGAAGGGUCACUUGCACAUUGUUUUUGAUUAUUAUAUUCCUACAACGGUUCAUGCGCAAAUUGAGAAUGCACUGUCAAUGAAAUUUCAACUAUGAGAAA